ACUGUUUAUUGAAAAGGUGAAACGUGCAAAACACAUUAGAGCAUUCCACUUGGACACUUGUACAUUCAACCUAGCUAGUGUAGUGAUUUCCAAUAAAUACCACAAAGACAUAUCUUGAGAAACAUAACAUAGAACCAAAUUAACAUUAACAAACAAAAAGAACAUGAUGUUUUCUUCAAGAGAAAUGCCAUCCCCAUCCUCAAUUUUCUCAGCAUAUGCAUCCAUGACAGCUUCCAUCAUGCUUGUUCGUUCCAUAGCACACGAACUCAUUCCUCAACCAAUCCGUGGCUACCUUUUCAACACUUUCCGCUACCUCAUAAAACCACGUUCCCCUUCACUCACACUAAUCAUUGAAGAAUCCACUGGCAUAGCUCGUAACCAAGUCUUCGAUGCUGCAGAGGCUUAUCUCUCCACAAUAGUUAGCCCUGAAAACGAAAGACUCAAAAUCAGUAAAGUCCCCAAAGAGAAAAAACUCACAAUUCGAUUAGAAAAAGGUGAAAAAUUAAACGAUACAUUUAAUGGUGUUUGUCUCAAAUGGAGAUUCAUUUGUGCUGAAACAGAGAAAAACAGUCCAAAUGAUAUUCAUAACAAUAACAGCAUCUCUGUUAGAUCAGAAAAAAGGUAUUUUGAACUGAGUUUUCACAAAAAGUAUAAAGAUAUUGUUUUGGAUUCUUAUUUUCCUUUCAUACUUGAUAAAGCUAAGGAAAUGAAAGAUGAAGAAAGGGUUUUAAAGAUGCAUACUUUAAACACUGCUUAUUGUUAUAGUGGUGUGAAAUGGGAUUCUAUAAAUCUUGAACACCCAUCAACUUUUGAAACACUUGCUAUGGAACCUGAAAUGAAGAAUGCUAUUAUAGAGGAUUUGAACAUGUUUGUGAAGAGGAAAGAGUUUUAUAAGAAAGUUGGUAGGGCUUGGAAACGUGGCUAUUUGUUGUAUGGUCCUCCUGGUACUGGAAAAUCUAGUUUGAUUGCUGCUAUGGCUAAUUAUUUGAAGUUUGAUAUAUUUGAUCUUCAACUUGGUAACGUUGUUAGAGAUUCUGAUCUUAGAAAGUUGCUACUUGCUACAGCAAAUAGAUCAAUUUUAGUUAUUGAAGAUAUUGAUUGUAGUAUCGAUAUUCCUGAGCGUCGACAUGGAGAAGGACGUAAACAAAAUGAUAUACAGGCUCAUCGUGAUUCUGAUGGAUGGAUGCAGUUAACAUUAUCUGGAUUACUAAACUUCAUAGAUGGAUUAUGGUCAAGUUGUGGAGACGAAAGAAUCAUCAUAUUUACAACCAACCACAAAGAAAGAUUAGAUCCAGCUCUUUUAAGGCCUGGAAGAAUGGACAUGCACAUUCACAUGUCCUAUUGUUCUUAUGAAGGUUUCAAAAUUUUGGCCUCAAAUUACUUGGAAAUUUCCCAUGAUAACCCUUUCUUUGGAGAGAUUGAAGGAUUAAUAGAGGACAUACAGAUAACACCAGCACAAGUGGCAGAGGAAUUGAUGAAGAACGAAGACUCAGAGGCAACGCUUGAAGGAUUUGUGAAGUUACUUAAGAGGAAGAAGAUGGAAGGUGAUGUGUGUGAGAAUAAUAAUAAAACAGAACCAAUUCAACAGCAGCAAUCUAAAAGGCGUAAGGUUAGUUGCAAGCAAAAAAGAGGUGUCAAUAGCAAGACUAAUGUUGGUGUUACUCAAAGAAGGACAAGAGGUAUUAAAAGAGGAUCUAGUUUGUAAAUUAAGGUGCUCAUCAUCAAAUAAAGAUUCAUGUUAAUUAGAGUUACUAGUAAUUGUGUCUGGAAACAAAAUAUUGCUUAUUUAGGCUCCAAUGUUUUGUUUGUUAUAUAAUCAUCAUUUGCUUAAAGGCUAUGUUUCUAUCCCAACCUGUACUCUAACUAUUUUAACUACAUGAGAAGAAAAGAAUGAGAGACAGAUUGUGUUUGAUGAUACUAUAGUAUCACUAAGUGGACAAUAUAUAAAUAUAUAUUAAAUGCGUUGGUUUUUUAUCA